UCGAAGCUGUCAGUCGACACGCGUAGUGUCGGCGAGGCGGCGUAGUGCGGCGGACGAAAACUAGCGUUUUAUUGCAUCAUUGUUUUGUAAGUGCUAAAAUAUAUAACGUGUUGAACAUGGACUGUUAUUCCAGUGCUAAUCGUUGAUACAUCGAUACCGUUUACUGUGACAUCUACAGGCUGUAAGUUUUGUUAUAGGGUCUUAACACACAAUGUCAGCGGACAAAGUAUUCCACUCCCGGUCCCAGGGGAUUCCCUCAGAGGGUGUCAAGGACCAGUACGCGGAUGGCAAAGCAGCCAGGGUCUGGAAAAAGUAUAUCGGCGACAGCAACCAGCGCACGCAGAACUACAAAAACUUCCUUACUGGGCUGCUUAGAAAACACAACUGUGUGAAGGUGCUAGACGCAGCUUGCGGCACAGGCAUUGACUCCAUGAUGUUGGUGGAUGAGGGUUUCAAGGUGGUGUCUGUGGACGCCUCAGAUAAGAUGCUGAAGCAUGCUCUCAAAGCGCGCUGGGAGAAGAGGAAGGACCACAAGUACGAUGAGUGGGUAAUUGAAGAGGCUAGUUGGGAGACAUUGCCGGACGACAUCCAGUCGUUCCAGCCGGGCGCGACUUUCGACGCGGUGAUUUGCCUGGGCAACUCGUUCGCCCACUUGCUAGAUGAAUUCGAGGACCAGCGCACCCAGAGGAUGUGCCUCCGCAACUUCGCCAAGGUGCUCAAGCCUGGCGGCAUGCUUUUCAUCGACCACAGGAACUACGACGCCAUGAUCAACAGCGGGGCCACGCCCGGACAUUCCAUUUAUUAUAAUUGCAGCUAUCCGGUGGAUAUUAAGACGUCGGUGCUGGUGGUGCGCGGCAAGCCCGAGCUGGUUGCGCUGGACUACCGCAUACUCGCGGACGACGACGCCGAGCUCAGCGAACAAAGUAUGUUCCGGCUUUGCUACUACCCACACGAGUUGGACAAGUUCACGUCGAUGCUGGACGAGGCGUUCGACAACAAGGCGGAGCACAGCAUAUAUGCUGACUUCAAGCCCUUGGACCAAGUAGAGAACCCCGCCUACUAUAUACACGUCAUGCGGAAACCGCUCAAUUGAUGUUCCUAUUUUAUUAGUCCAAAUAGUUUUAUAUAAAAUAAUAUUAAUAAUCGAAUAUGCUCUAGGACUGUGCAUGGCACAAGUAAAAAAUUAUACUAAAUCAAGGUCACAAAUGAAAUUAUUGCCAAGAAUCCAAGAUGGCGGCAAAUUUCACAUGACAGUUAUUCCCACCAUAUUUGUACAGAUUACGUAUUUUUUAUUUAAAUUCGCCAUUUUUGAUGCAUUGACAUGUAUAUUUUUAUGAAUUUUAGGAUGCGAAGGAAAAUUUACAAAACUGUAUUUGCUAAAUUGUUAUAUGUUUUAAUUUUGCUUGCAAUAAAACAAAUCUAUUUAAUAUGAGUAUCCCAAUUCAGAUACUUUCUACGUGGAUUGAAGCUUUGGAUAAUUUAUAACUCGAAUAUUUUGUAGCCCUAAAUAAAUAAUUCAAGACAAUGUUUGACAUUUUGUUGUAAUAAAAUUGUUGAAUUUUUAUAAAUUUUAA